AUGCCGCUGGGUAUGGCCGUCUAUAGUGUGCUUUUGAAUAUCUACCAGCAGGAUGAGGCGGGCUGCAACCUAUUGCACAUGGCAGGGUCGUUUGCUUCAGCCGUCAGACGGUCAGAGCAUGAAGCCACCAAUCUCCUCGCCACGCGUCCUCUUCGCCGCUCUUCCUCGUCACGCUUCUUCUUUCUCGCCUCGCCGCUGCCGCGCCACCGGGGAAGUUCGGGCUACGGCGGCGUCCACGCGCGCCCCUCCGGCGUCUUCUACGCCGAGAUCCGCUCCGAUGAGACGCGCCUUGGCCUCGGCACGUUCGGGACCAGCCACGAGGCCACCCACGCGUACGACGCGGCGGCGUGGCGCCUCCGGCGGCCUCGUAGGGAGACGAACUUCCCCGAGGUGGCGACGCGGGAGCUGGCGCCUCCCCCGUGGCUAGUCACCGACGAGGACCGCCGCAUCAACCGUAGGCGGGAGCGCCGCCUCGGCAUCGCUGAGAUGGACGAGGAGGCCAUGGCGGUAUGGCGCCAAUGCUUCCCGGAGGACGUCGCCAACGAGCGCGAAAUCUACGCGCAGAGGAGGGCGGACCGAGCCGCCUAUCACGAGGACAGGCGUACGCGGAAGGCGGAUGCGCUCUUCAAUGUCGAGCUCAAAGAAGUGUCGAGCUGGGACUCCAACGAUGAACGGUGGAUAGACGCCUUCAUUACGACGUAG